CCCCCCCUCCCCCUAAAGUGCGAACGUAAUAAGUGAACGGCCCCUUACUAAUCAAAAAUUUUUGUUUCUUUCAAACUAAACACACAUUUCUAUAAAAAGCGUUUUUAAAAAAAUUCAAAUUCUUAUAAGAUUUGAAAACAAACAUCACUGACAUCGAAUGUAAUAAACAAUCGGCUUUUAUAAGUUAAAUAAAUGUAAAUUAACGAAGAUUAUUUAUGAUAUUAAUAAACCUUUUAAGUUAAUUUAGCAUAAUUGUACCAUUGUCAAGAGUGCUUGUUGUCUAGAGUUAUCUAAAAAACAAGACAUAGUUAAAAAAGACGGGUUUUCCGGGGAAAAAAGCAUAUGGUUGCAAUUUACUUGAAAUGAAAAUUGAAAAAUUUAUUUAAAGUUUUUAUUUUGCCUUAUACACCAAUGGCAGAUUCUUUUUUUGGCUUUGAUACAUCAGCAAUACCGCGAGAUGAUGAUUUGGGAGGUGGCUUGGAUAGAGAAUUAUCUGAAGGGGAGUAUGAUGCUUUAAACGACGAAACAUUUAAUCAUGCUGUAAAAGAUGACUGGGAAGACGGACAUGAAACAUUAGUACGAAUCGAACAUCGUGUUUCAAAUGUCGACAAAUUAGAAGAUUCGGACGGCGAUUAUGAUUCAGAUUUAGACAUUACUUUUAUAACAAAGCUUGAUGAUUUUGACAUUACAAAUGAUGAUACUGACAUAAGAAAUCAAUUUCAAUUGGAUCCUAGUGUGUGGACCACUCCUAUAAAGCCACUAAAUGCUUUUAAUACGAGUAACCAGAUUCAAACACACGAUUCAAAUGCUUCAAGAAAAUUUCCACAUCAAAAUCUCAAGCCACCACCUGGCCUUUCAUCUACGUUGGCACAGCAAACGAAUGCAUUACAACAAUUAAUUGGAACAUCUACGGCUAUGAAUUCCCAUCCUAAAAUCAUGUCCGUAGAGGAAAUAGAGAGAAACAUGAUAAGCCAGCAACAACAGCAACAACAUCAGAAAAUGAUGCAAGAAAAACUGGCUGUCAUACAGUCUAAAGUACCGCAAAACGUAGUACCACAAAAUUCCCAAACAUUAAUUCCGCAACCUUCACAACAGCAAAUUCGAAAAGUGUUAUCAAAUCAACCUGGAUUAGUUUAUCAACCCCCACCUCAUUUGAAUGGACCACCACCAUUUGGUUCUUUGCCACCGCAUUUGCAAGGUCCAAAUUUAAGUAAAUUCAAUCCAAUCAUGAAUAUGUCAAAUCAUCCAUUGAAUAUGAACAACUUUCAUCAAAAUUUUGGAGGCCCAAUGUCAUCAAUUCCACGAUCACAGCAAAUUCCUCUUCAAAUGAAUCGUUUACCUCCUCAUUUAAUCAAUAUGCAAGGAGUACCAUUAAUGUAUCAGCAGCAGCAACAGCAGCAACAACAACAACAGAAUGUUGCCCAACAAAAUUCUGCACAAUUCAAUCAACGAUUAGUGCAAGAAAUCCAGCAAAAUCAUCCAAUGCUGAAUCCUAUGCAAUUUCGUAAUCAAAAUCAAAUUCACCAGCAGCAUCAUAAUUCUAAUCUGACUAACAUUAACAUUAAUAUUAAUAACAAUAACAGCAACAUUAAUCAGCAUCAACGAUUCAAUAAUAACGGAAAAAUGGACGAAUAUGAUGAAUAUGCAAAUCUGAUGAGUAAUCGUGAUAAACAGUUUCUGAUAACAAUUCAGUUAAUGCAACUCAAUACUGAGACGCCGUAUUUUGAUGAUUAUUACUAUACAAUGUAUAAAGAACGUCAGCGCUUACGCGGUAUCGAAAAUGAAAGUCAAGCUCAUCGUGAUAACCAAUUAAAUCACCCUUUCACACAGCCAAAAGGACAUGCUCAAAUGUUGUUGCGUCAGUUUAAUAAUAUUGGAAAGAAUGGAAUGCAAAAUCAAAAGAAUGGAACUGCCCGUGAACGACAUAAUUCGGAAUCUUCGACAAAAAAUGAUAAGGAAAAUCCAACACCACGGACAUACACGCCUUUACAAUUUGAAAAUUCUUUGGGAAAAUUACAAUGUGGAAGUGUCACAGCACCAAGAAAGAUUAUCGACAUGGAAGUUGUUGGCAAUGCAGAAAACGGCCAAAAUGUCAUUUCCGAUUCAACUAUGCAGAAGAGAUCGCGACAAAUCUUAAUUUACAUCGAAAUGCUGUAUAAAGUUGUAAUGAAACUUGAAGACUUACAGCAUCCACUCGCCAUUAAUGCUACAAUUAUUUUAAAGGAAAAGCGAGAAAAGCAACGCAUUCAAAUGGAGCAGGAAGCAAAAGGAGAUUUAGAGGAUAUAAGCAUUAGUUCUACGAAAUCCUCAAUUUCACUGAAUGAUCCUGAAUCACAAAGCGAUUUAUUGACAAAACUUCUUGCAAUCAUUCAACUGGAGAAAAUUCCCGGUGUUUUGGCAGUUCGUAAAGGCAGAGCCCUGUUAAAAAGACUAUUUCCGCACAUUAAAGACCAACCAGUUCGGUGGGAUUUAUGGAAUGUCAUUUUUAUUUCACUCACCGUUUUUAAACGCGACAAACUUGAAGAAAUUGAAGAAUCUCUAAUGAUUCUAUACUACGAGUUUGCAACGCAAUUACAAGAUGCUGACAUUAAUAUUCUUUUAAAGCUUAUUAAUAAUAUGAUGACAAGUGACAAGCUAAUGGGAUAUGUCAAUGGAUGCAAAUUUGUUGUAUCAAGUAUAAUAGCAAUGAUUAUAAAAUGUGAGCUUCUUUAUCAAAAAUCUGGCGACACUAUCAAUUUUACUGAAGAGGAGCAGUGGAUUCAAUUCCUCAAUAAGCUUUUUGAAAUUGUCAACAAUGAUCGAACAGUUGAUGCGCAAAUUUUAAGUUCUGCAAAUAAUGUUCAUCGUGAUAAAAUAGAUCAUGAUCGGAUUAUUCGAACCGUAAUAACAAAUUUUCAGCGGUUUAAACCACGGUUCACAAGUGAUGACGAAAAGCUCAUAAAAUUACUAAGCAUACAAUAUGAUGUGAAGUGAGUUUUGAACACGUGCAUCAGUGACUUUAUUAUUAUUAUUACUAUAACAAUUACAAUUCUUAUUUUUUACAUCUUCUUAUCAAUAAGUUGCUCUAUUUUAUUAUUUUAUGAUUUUUUUUUUCGUUCAAUGUAAAAAUAAUGUUUAAUUUUUAUUUUUAAAAAUAAUUCUCACUUUCUCAUUUGAAUUUAAAGAUACAGUUUACGAUGACGUUUACUAAUAUACAUUUCGAUCCUAAUUUUUUAUUGCACAAUCUGGCAUAAUAAUGAAAAUUAAUUAAACUCAUAUUUCAUAAUGAUAAUGCACACAUUUUGUAUCGCAAACCAUUGUAUAGUUUUUGUCAAGUUUUUUUUUAUCUCUUUAGGUAGUCUUUAAUAUGUUUAGAAUAUUUUCCUUAAAAAUUGAAAAUUAAAAAAAAAAAAUUAAAAACUAUUAAAAAGAUAUAACGCUAAAUUUUCAGCUCCAAUUUAAUUAAAGUAAAGUUUAUAAAUAUUCAACAUCCCUAUUUAUCCUUAUGAAAAAAACAAACAAACAAAGUAAACUCAUUUGAUGCAGGACUCGGUAGGAGUUGAAACUCCUCAAGAGUCAUGCUUUGAUGUGUAUAUAAUUGCACAUUUAACUUUUAUGAUUUAGUGAAAUUGAACGUUUACGGUGAAAAUGCAACAAGGUCUCUAACUUUGAAGACUCUGAUUUUUUUAUUAGCUUGAUAUCAUUUUGUUAUUUUGAUUUCAAUGCUAUUGCAGCUAAAUUGGUGAAAUUUGAAUUUUAGAAAAUUCUUUAAAUCACAGAACAUUUUAAAUUCAUAAAUGUGUAACAAUAUAUUGUUAAUUAUAUUAUUUAACUUACGAUAAAAAUUAUGUGCGUAAUUUGUAUCAUAAUUACAAUGACAGCAAGAGAAUGUUUUUAAAAGAAAAUUGGUUCGCACUAUUUUUCACUUUUUUACUUCUUUUACAUAGUUUCUCGAGGAUGUCACUAAAACAAUUCAAUUUGGUAAUGAAGGACGUAAUUAAUCAAUGAAUUUAUUUGUUUCAUCGUUGAUCUAAGAAUCCUCAUUGUCAAAUUUAAUUCUUUUAGUUAAAAUAAAGCUAAAACAACUCUCUCCUUUUUUUAAAAAUUGAACAUACAAAUUUAACGCAAAGAAUCUUUUAAUAUUAAUUAACUCAUAAAGUUCAUGCGUGAAAAAUAUUUUUUUCCUCGUAAAAUUUUUAUUUCAUCCAGAUUAUAUACAAAAUGAAAGCAGUUUAAGAUUGAAUAAUUAAAAUUAAAAUCGACCGAGUUGUUUUAUGAUUCUGAUUCUCACAUAUAUAUUUUACCUACUUGGAGUAAUUUCAUUCUCCUUUUGAACGUAAAUUAAAAAGAAAAAAAUCACUAAACAGCAAUGACAUUGGAGAUAUUUGUUUAAAAAACAAUGUCAUUAUCGCUAGUUCGCUUCUGUGGAUGAUUUCAUAUUUUUUUAAAUAAAUUAGAGAAAUUGUAAUGUUUCCUAAAAUAAAGCUUCUUUAUGCUGCUUAUUUAUUAGUUUUCUCACGGAGCGUUCGAAUAACAAAAUAUUAGUAAGUAACUUAAUGUUUCCAAUUACAAAUUUUCCUCUUUUUACCUUUAAAUAUUGAGUGAAAAAACAAGAUUUGAAUUUUCAAAAAUGUGUUUUAUUGUAUCAAAAAUAUAAAGGAAAAUGAAAAUCAUACAAUAUGGAUUCGCCCUGAUUCGUCAUUAAAUAAAUACUAUGUGCAGGUAGCUCAUUUUAUUUUAAAUCUGCUCUGAAAAUGGGAAAAGUGAGAAAAUAAAGUUCGUAGGAAAAAUCAUUUUUCAAUUAAAAUGAAUUUUAUUUUAUUUUCUAAGUUACAGAGAUCAACAUCCUCUCUUCACUCCUAAAUUCAC